CAUGUGCUCUCGCGAGACUUGGCGGACGGUAAGAAAGCAAGCUUGCUAGAUUUGAGUUUGUUUUCGCGAAGACAUGACUUCGUCUUUUUGCUGAAAAAUAUACAUUCUCGACGCUCGGCCGAAUUUUAAACAGACACGAGAAAGGAAGUUGGUGUGAUUGUGCAGUUUUUGUUGCCGUUUUUUCGUGUGUCUGGAGGAUAGACCGUUUUGCUCCACGUCAAGUCGACUGCAUGAAUCCGUUGUCAUUUUUGGGUGGUUAUAUCGGCUAGUAGGUCCACUUUGUCCCUAACCAGCGCCAUCUAAACGACCGGCAUGACGGUCUACCACGCCAGGGCGGUGAUCCCCUCCUCCUCGGCCCGAUUUUGGAUCGAACACGCUGCGAUUCAGAAAACACAUUGGGACUUUUAAAUGUCUCCUAGAGAAGUCCUCAGCACGGGCUGUGUCCACUGCCAUGGAUAAACUGACCGUCAUAUCAGGAUGUCUUUUCCUCGCUGCACAAGUCUUCGCCAUCGCCAGCAUCGCGAACCCAGACUGGAUCAGCACCGGAGAGUCCGCUGGCUCUCUGACUGUAGGUCUGGUCCGACAGUGCCAGACCAUUCAUGGGCGAGAUCGGACCUGCAUCCCCCCUCACAUGCCCCCAGAGUGGGUCACCACGCUCUUCUUCAUCAUCCUGGGUGUCCUCUCGCUGACGGUCACCUGCUGUCUGCUGGUCCUGUCCCACUGGCGCCGCGAUGUCAUCCGAUACGCCCGCUGGAUCGCCUUUACCGGACUGGUCCUCUUCUGUAUGGCCGCUCUCAUUUUCCCGAUCGGCUUCUACGUGAGUGAGGUGGGAGGACAGCCGUACAAGCUGCCCAACAAUACCGGCGUGGGCUCCUCCUAUGUGCUCUUUGUGCUGUCCAUCUUUUUCACCAUCGUGGGCCUGCUGUUCGCCGGGAAGGUGUGCUUACCCGGCUGACGUCUGCUGUCCUCGCUGGAACUCUUUUGUCAUCCGGAAGCCGGGAGACGAGGCAAAAGAGGGGAGCAGGAGUCCCAUCCGUCCAUGUGUUUGGUCAGUGCACACACACACAAACUGGGAUUUUUAAAGAAAGUGAUGGAAAUGCAUGGAAGCGAAGACUUACAGCGGAGCCAUGCUGGAUUGUUAGUUAUCUUAAGGAGGAAUGACAGAUAACCUUUCUCACCCUCUUAACUCAACCUAAUUGCAAAGCCCAGAUGGACGAUGGAGGUCACGGCCUGACCGACAAUACAAUCUGUAACAUAGUCCUUCAAAGAAAUGUCACUUUCUUUUCAUAUUUAUUCGCAUUUUGUAAUGAAAAGGGUCUAAUAUAUUUCAACUGUCCACCCUAAAACGCCUGCUCUAUUUAUGUGCUUUAGUUGCUCAUUUUAAUACGCACUAUGGUAUUGAUUGAACCCUUGUGCUUUAAUCCUGCAGUCAUCUUAAAUUCAGAAACAACUGCUGUGUGUGUGUGUGUUGGUCGUAUCUGCAACAAUGGCACGUCUUCCUUUAGGGUUGCCAUGGUAACGUCAUCGAAUGUGAUACUAAUAUGAUUUCCAAGCGAAAGAUCCUGUGGCAGAAGGUUCACGCCAAGCAUUGCUCCUUAAAGCCCCCAAAAAUACUUUCAUUAGGCUAUUAGGCCAUUUGUGGCUUGCAGCUUGUUUUUGUAUGGCCCACAACACAUUUCGACAAAUACAAAUAAACAAGAAAGCUACUUUAUUUUUUAUGAUGAUUGUUCUAUUCUGUUUUAAGUAUUGUUGUACAUAAAUGUACAAUGCAUAUUCAUUUUAAUGUAUUGUCUCUUUACAGAGCCUUUGGUUUGAAGCUGAUAUGUUUACAAUUCCUGUUUGUUGCUAAUCCAACUGUUCACAUGCACUGUCCCGUCAAAACAAAAUACAUAACAAUAAGGCAUAACAAUAAGGAGAAAGGUUGAACAAUUAUUACAGUUAACACCAAUAUUAUGGAGUCAUACCUCGGUUAUUGCUAACCUAAUUGGUUCCGGACACGAUACCGAUUAACUAAUUUCUGCAAAAUAGAAAUCAGUAUAUUUAAAUCAAACAUUUUCAUAGUUAGAGCAUAAGAAAAAACAUGUGAACUUCUAAAACAAAUUUUCAACAUUAUGAGAGCCCUCUAGACACCUUUUACGCUUUUAAUCCAUUACAGUAUCGCUGUCUGAGCCAAUUAGUGACCAUUGUACUGAACAGCGUGCUCUGAGUAGUUUAGUCUCCAUUAUUGGCCAAUACUAUGUAGUUUUGCGAUUUUUUUGUUUUGUUUAUUUAGACAUUGUUAUGCUUUAAAAGGUGUAAUUUAGGCCAAAUAUGUUGUAGAAUAUUCUUUAAAAAAUCUAUGAUUUGAUGCCGCAAUAUUCAAAGAUCGAGGGACGACUGUACAUGUAAAGCUGAGGCAUUAGUGCAGGUUGUCCAAAAUGUGGACCAGACGGCCAUUUGCAGCCCGCAGCUUUUUUAUUGGCCUGCGGCACAUUCUAAAAAUACUAUUUAAAAAGAAAAAAAGAAAGAAAAAAAAAAGAAAGUAGAAUAAAAGUAUAUAUUGCAUAUUUUAUGGUUUUGACAUAAAAAUCUGAGUUUUGACAAAAAGGACAUUAAAAAAAACUUUAUAUGGACAGACCUGGGGUUGGUCUAGAGCAGGGGUCGGCAACCCAAAAUGUUGAAAGGGCCAUAUUGGACCAAAAAUACAAAAAAGUAAUCUGUCUGGCGCCGCAAAAAAAUUAAAGACUUGUAAGUGUUAUUAUGAAGGCAACACAUGAUGUAAGUGUCUAUAUUAGCUUAAUUAGCCUACUAUCAAAAUGACUGUGUCACAGGCUUACACAAAUCUUCGUUGACAGAAAUGUUGAAAUGUAAUAUUUAUUCUACACAUUUUCCCAGAGGGUGAGAGAACUCCUGGAAAUUACUGUCUUAGAAUGGCCAAAGGUAUAGAUGUGUGUGCCCAAGUUAAAGGAAACGGCAGGCUGUAUUCUUCCUUGCAAGCUGGGUAACGUUUGCUGUAGUCCGGAACAACAUGGCACACAAACAACUAUCAGAAAUGCAGCAAAUAUUAUAUUACAUACAGAUAAUAUGUCAUGAGACAUGGAAAAAUAAACUAAAUACACAGAGGACAUAAGUCAAGGAAAUUAAAGGAACUCAAAUAUACCUACAAACGAGGCAUAAUGAUGCAAUAUGUACAUAAAUAGCAUGUUAGCAUCGAUUAGCUGGCAGUCAUGUAGUGACCAAAUAUGCCUGAUUAGCACUCCAACAAGUCAAUGACAUCAACAAAGCUCACCUUUGUGCAUUCACGCACAGUGUAAAACGUUUGGUGGACAAAAUGAGACAAAGAAGAAGUGGCAUAAAACACGUCUUUCUGUGGCAGCGUCGGAGAAAGUUAUACAUGUAAACAAACUGUUGAGUCACAGUCCACACAACGGUGAGUUCAAGGACCGUUGAAAUUAGUAGGACAAAACGGUGCUCACCAAAUACUCUCAUCAGUGAAGCAUAAACACAAACAUAUGAAACAGUGGGCUUUCUAACAAUUAGGAAGAUUUGUGUCGUGUUUGUCCUCCUACAGAAACAAUAUUACAACAAAAAACAACAUUUUCACCCCAUUUUUUUUUCCAUUUCCAUACAUUUUUGAAAAAACUCCGUGGAGCCACCAGGGCGCCGCUAAAGAGCCGCACGUGGCUCUAGAGCCGCGGGUUGCUGACCCCCGGUCUAGAGAGAUUUAAGUAUUGAAUACAAUUUUUUCUUUAUAUAUGAGUUAAUUUGAACAUUUUAAUGACUGAGACCUUUCUGGCUCCCCGGGACCAAACUUAAAGGGAGCCCUAAAUGUUAAAAACAUUUAUAUAUUGUAAUGGUUUUGAAAAAUUUGGACACCCCUGCACUUUUUUUCCCUAAAAGAUAUAUAAUGUCUUAGCAUAUUCACAUGAGAUUGCUUUAGCUUAUUUUAAAAAAAUCCUUUCUAAAUAACAAAAUGGCCCCCUAAUACUUUAUUUUUUUUUUACUACAAUGUCCCUUGUAGAGAAUGAUUGGACACCCUUAGCAUAUUUUUACCCGCAUUGCAUUGGUUCUAACAGGUUAAAAAAUAGUGAAUAUAAAAGUUACUCCCACAUCCUUUAUGUUUCCUUAUAAGUGGACCUCAGGGCUAGAAAAUUGGACAUAAUAUUCUGGACUGAAGCGAGUACACGUGGAGGCAGGAUUUAUCUUCAUCUGCUUGUUUAUUUGCUUUCCUGUGCUUUGUUUGUGCACACGUGAAAGGAAGGACGUGUCCCUGCUUUGUUUGCAUUUGUUACACCGAUUAUGACAACAUACAAAGUGAGGCAAAAGACAAGUCUGCUGUUGCAAUGUGGAAUUAAGAUGCACGAGAGCAAAGUACACUACAUGUUUCUUUUCAACACAUGUACGUGUUUGUUGGUCCACAAAGAAAAUUCUACGAAUACAGGCAGGCAUAUGUUAGGAGUGUAAAAAAAAAAAAAUCGAUUUUCAAAUUAAUUGCGAUUCUUAAUCAAUAAAAAAAAUCGAUUUAAUACAUAUAUAUAUAUAUAUUUUUUUCUCAAUCUGUCCGACCCAGCCACUCAGUAAAAAUCAUAUUGUUGAUGUAGAUGUAUUUGCUGUACAGAUUUACUUUAGAAAAGAGAAUUGUGUGAUACUUCUCUUUAUGCCUUAUUUGUAUUUGACUUUAUUAAAUGUUUUGUAAGCAUUUUAUUU